AUGGCCAGCAAUUCCAUCAAACUGCAAUCCUCGGACGGCAAGAUUUUCGAAACAACCGUCGACAUCGUCAAAUGUUCUGGAACUUUGAGAACCAUGAACCAUCUUGUUCUGGACCGUACGAAGGAAGAUCUCGUACCGCUGCAGAACGUAGCUGCAGCAACACUUGAGAAGGUACUGGAGUGGGCCACCUACCACAAGGACGACCCGGAACCGAUUGAAGAUGCGGAUAAAAACAGUGUGAAACGGUCGGACGAUAUCUGCCAGUGGGAUCAGGAUUUCUUCCGCGUCGACCAGGAUGCGCUGUUCGAGCUGGUUUUGGCCGCUAACUAUCUGGAUAUCAAGGCUCUUUUGGAUACUGGCUGUAAAAUGGUGGCCAAUAUGAUCAAAGGUAAAACACCGGAGGAGCUUCGGCAGAUAUUUAACGUUAAAAAUGAUUUUACGCCGGAAGAGGAGGAACAACUUCGCAGGGAGAAUGAAUGGUGUGAAGAGAUGUGA